UUCUUGUGUUUUUCUCAUCCGGCUUCUCACUCACACUCUCGCUCAGCAGAGGCUCAGAGGUAGGGAGCAAAGAUUCUCACUUGGAAAGGGUGGAGAGAGAAUUUUUAUCUUUUAUUUUUUUCUGACUGAGAAAGAGACGCCAAAAAAGAAAAAACAAAAAGAUGGAGAGGAAGCAGGAAGAGGUGGACCACCUGGAGCGCCCAAGCCCACUGACUGACAAGGAGAGGGUGAUGAUCCAGGACUCGUGGGCGAAAGUCUACCAGAACUGUGAGGAGGCCGGGGUUGCCAUACUGGUCAGGCUUUUUGUGAACUUCCCUUCAUCUAAACUGUACUUCAGCCAGUUCAAGCACAUUGAAGAUACACAGCAACUGGCGCAGAGUUCCCAGCUCAAGAAACAUGCUCAAAGAGUCAUGAACGCCAUUAACACAUUGGUGGAAAACAUUGACAACUCAGAGAAGGUGACCUCAGUGUUGAAGCUGGUGGGCAAAGCCCACGCUCUCAAACACAAGGUGGAUCUGGUGUACUUCAAGAUCCUGUGCGGUGUGAUUCUGGAAGUCCUGGGAGAAGAGUAUCCAGAGGUUGUGACACCAGAGGUGGGCAUGGCAUGGACCAAAUUCCUGGCUACUGUCUGCUCUGGCAUCAAAGCCGUCUAUGAGGAAGUGGGCUGGACCCAACAAUCAACCUCCACCGGCUGAAACCUUUUCGUUAGUACUCCUAUAAUGAGGAACUUAUUAUCGCUUUGCAGCUUUAUGCAACAGCAAUCAGAAGACUGUAAUAUGAUAAUGCAGUUUGUUGCUAUCUAUGAUAAUCAUGGAAUAUGUAAAAAGGCUAUAUUAUAAACAAAUAUAGAAACAUGUACUGUGCCCUUUUUUAUAGCAAGCAUUGUGUUUUUAAGAGAAAAAGAGCAACCCUCCCCCUACUUGUUCUCUUUUAAAGACUAAUCCAUUUAAGAUAGAAAACAGAGAAAGAAAAUACAAACAGAUGGAAAGGUGAAUAAGAGGUCACAUUUGACUUGGGCGUGCCUUUUAUUAAUUGUGUUCAUGUAUAAACGAAAAUGUAAACAGAAUUAUUUCUGAACAUUCAGAUGUUUUACAGAUGUUUCCUCCUUUCAGUCUACACUUACUCAUGUCAGCUUUGUUACAUUUUCAAUAAUAAUGCUGAUGAUUGUACUUUUCCCCUCAUUGAAACUCACAUUUGUAUGUGUAAUUGAGGAUUAUUUGAAGUAAACAGACAAUACAAAACCUU